CUGAUUCAUACCUCUUUCCUGCGUGCCUCCCCGGACUCACUCUACGUUUCUAACCUCUCCUUGUCGACCGACCUGAUCCUCCCAAGUGUCUUUCAUUGUAUGCGACAAAGUUGAAAUUGACGAGGCGCGCGGCGCUUUGUUUGCGGCCAUAUUGAAAGAAACGACCCUCUUUAAGAUCCACGGCCGUUGCUGAAGAUCAUUCCUACUCUACCUCUACCAGCGCUGUUCCUCUACUAUCGCUGUCCCUCUACAAAAUCAGCCUUCCACGAUCGAUAUGAAAAGCGGGAAAGGCGGACGCCGGGGUGGUGGUGGUGGUGGUGGUGGCAUUCGCAAGCAGCGGGCCACGGCAACCCGGACGGACCGAGAUGGAGACCUGGCCAUGGACGCCGCCGGCAUUUCCAAGAACCGCGGCAGGAAGUCGAAACCGGACUCCGGACCACGGACACAGACGCGAGCGCUCGACGCCAUUCAGAAAGCCAUCACCAGCAACUCGGACACCCAGGCAAAUAUCCGGCAGGGUCGGCGCGGCCCCGCCCUCGAACAGGCGAUCGUCCGAGGCUGGAAACAGAGCAAAGCGGCCUCAAAUCGCGACGGUGGUCACGAAAGCCUCCUGGCCUUCCUCGAGAAAAAACUCUACAACGAUCCGAAAUCUGGCCCCCGCGCAAAAAUCACAAAGUCGCGGGUUCAAGGGGAUGCUCUGAUCGUGUCCAUCCGACCGGAGUUGAUGGAAAGAAUGCUAAGACUGAACGGUUACGGGUUCGCAGGAGCCCCCAUCACGGUCGAGAAGUAUGAUCCAUCCAUGAGCGAUGCGCUCGACCAACCCCUGCUCUCUGCCAUUUCCCAGAACGGCGGCUCCAGCUCGCCCUCCACGGCCGAUACCAAAACGAAGAUGACGGCCAUUCUGUCGAAACGGUACUAUCAGCCGACGAAACUCCUCGAUCUCUCCAAGCUGGGCGUGGACCCGGACCUGCAGGCCAUGGGCAUCUUCGAUAGCACGUCCACCGAGUCGAAAUUCUUCCCCGCGUUGAUGAAGGUCUGGGAGUUGAACUUCAACAAUGCCGCCGUGCGACGGGAGGCGGUGGAAAGCGUCAGCCUCGCCGAUAACCAGCUGGCCAAUAUUUCCGUCAUCACCACCCUGGCGCAGUCGUUCCCGGACCUCAAAAACCUGGAUCUCUCCAACAACAACUUCAAGGACGCGCAGGCUUUGAUCGGAUGGCGGUGGAAGUUCCGCAACUUGGAGUUCCUUGACCUGACGGGCUCGCCCUUCAGCGCGGAUCCCUCCUUCAAGGACACAUUGCUGAAAUGGUACCCCAAGCUGCGGGUACUGAACAACGUGGAGGUGCGCACUGCGGAGGAGAUUGCGGCGCAGAAGAAGUCUCCGAUUCCGGUUCAGCCGCCCCAUUUCCUGGACGACUCCCAGAUUGGCGAAAAUUUCAUCCGGGCCUUUUUCGCCAGCUACGACGGCGACCGGGACAGCAUCCUUAACGCGGCUUAUGACGAGCGGUCGACUUUCUCGCUGAAUGUGAACACUUCGGCCCCACGAGCGCAACACACCGAGAUGGCGGGCUGGGACGCGUAUAUCAAGAAGAGCCGGAAUCUAUCCAAAAUUUCCCACCUCCCUGCGCGGAUGUCUCGAACCUACACUGGGGUGAAGAGCAUCAGCGAACUGUGGAAGACUCUCCCCCAAACCAAGCACCCCGAUAUCGCAACCAGCCCUCAAGAAUGGUUGAUCGAGUGUUUCCCCAUCCCGGGGCUUCCUGACCCCUCCGGCCAAAGCGCAUCGGGUGUCGGCGGUCUUCUGAUCAUGGUCCACGGAAAAUUCGAAGAGGUCAACACGGGCAAGGUGGACACCCGGAGCUUUGACCGGACCUUCAUUCUCGGACCUGGUGGGGGUAUGGGGGGAAUCCGGGUGAUCAACGACAUCCUCUGUCUGCGGGCAUAUGGAGGCCACGAGGCCUGGAGCUUGGAGAGCCCCGUGGCGCCGCCCACGGCUGCUCCACCCGCCGCUGUGCCAGCAGUCCCAGCCGUUCCAGCAAUUCCCGCAGCUCCCGGGCUUCCCGGAGCCCCAGCGCCACCCGGGGUUCCUGAUGGCUACGGCAUGCCAGCCCCUGGGAAACCCGAUACACAAGUCCAACAGGAGCAGCUCGUGAUGCAGAUCAGUGCGCAAACGAAGAUGACACUGCAAUACUCGGAGAUGGCUCUCUCGGGCAACGGCUGGAACAUUGAAGCUGCUUUGAAAAACUUUGAACAACUCAAGCAUGCGACUUGCGUUUAUGCUGUUCAUAAUCUAAAUGGAAUGUCCUCCCCCACACCCACCCCCGACCCCAUGUCCUCCGCCGACGAAACGACGACGACCCUCGAUGCUCUAGACGCAGCUGAUUACGACCCGAUCGAUCACCUAAACGCCAUCUUCUCCCACCCGAGCACGCUGUCCUCCGCUUCCCCUGUUGCCCAGUCCCUCCGACGUUACGAAGAUGAACUCGACAACGACAUUGGCGCGCUGGUGGAGGAUCAGGUCACAUCCAAUGCGGAAAGUGUCGAGCGGAUCCAGGCCGCCAAGGCGGACCUGAGCGAGCUGUUCAAGAAGAUCGACGACGUGCGCGACCGCGCAUCCAAGACGGAGUUGGCGAUCACGGAGAUGACAGCCGACAUCAAGCAGCUGGACAACGCGAAGAAGAACCUGACGCUGUCGAUGACCGCCCUCAAGCGGUUGCAGAUGCUGACGACGGCGUACGACCAGCUGCGUGGCCUCAGCAAGACAAGGCAGUACCGCGACUGCGCCCAACUGCUGCAGGCGGUCAUCCAGCUGAUGGCCCACUUCAAGUCGUAUCGCUCGAUCGACCAGAUCGCCCUACUCAGCCGGAACGUGGCGGAUAUCCAGCGGGAGCUGCUGGAGCAGGUGUGUGAGGACUUUGAGCUGGCGUUUGCCAAAGGCGAAGUGGGAACAAAGCAGACCGUGCUUUCGGAGGGCUGUCUGGUGAUGGAUGCGCUGGGAGACCACGCCAGGAACCGGCUGGUGACCUGGUAUUGCAAUUUCCAGCUGCGCGAGUACCGACAGGUGUUUCGGAACAACGAGGAGGCGGGCUCUCUGGACAAUAUAUCGCGGAGGUUCUCGUGGUUCAAGCGCAUCUUGAAGAUCUACGACGAGGAGUACGCGGCUAUCUUCCCGGCGUCGUGGAAGGUCAACGAGAUUCUCUCCAACAUUUUCUGUGAAGGCACCCGAGACGAUUUCCGGGGCAUCCUUUCCCGCUCCGUGCGCAACGGUCAGACGAUCGACGUCAACCUGCUACUGUCGAGUUUGCAGGAGACCCUCGACUUUGAGCACUCGCUGGAACUGCGCUUCAUCAGCUCCCCCCGCCCCUCGACCGAUACCUUUACCUCGACCGAGACUCCGGUCUUCACCCAGGUCAUUUCGGAAGCCUUCGAACCGUAUCUGAGCGUCUGGGUCGAUGCCCAGGACAAGCAGCUCGCUGCGCUGGUACCCAAGUAUCGCCUGCAACCGAUCAAGCCACCGGAUGAGGAGUUCAAUUCGCACAUUGUCAUAUCGUCGUCUACCGAGCUGUUCACCUUCUACCGGCAUUCUUUGCAGCAGUGCGCCAAGCUAUCCACCGGCGGCAGUCUCGCCGAUCUGGCCAAGGUCUUUGCGAAAUACCUGGACCAGUACGCCCAGCAAGUUCUCCUUUACUACAUCAGCGAUCGACCCCCAAGCGCCACUUCCCCAGGCGGCCCAACCUUGGAGGACCUAAUUCUCGUGCUCAACACGGCAGAUUACUGCUACACCACCUGCAACCAGCUGGAGGAGAAGAUCAAGGGCCGGCUUGACAAGCGCUUGAACCAUGCGGUCGAUCUGCAAAGCCAGGCGGACUCGUUCAUGGGGAUUGCCUCCGCCGCCGUCCGCUGCCUUGUGCGCAAAGUCGAGAUCGACAUGGAGCCUGGAUGGAGGGAAAUGCGGAAUACCCCGUGGAACCGACUGGAGUCUGUCAGCGACCAUAGCCUUUACGUUGAUGAGGUUAUGUCCAAGACAAAGGAGAGAUCGGCGGAGAUUCUCCAGCUGCUGCACAAGCAGCAGUACGCUAGGGCGUUUGCGGAUCACCUCGUUGAGCUGAUCUCUAAUCUCUACAUCACGAAUAUCUUUCAAUGCAAGCCCAUCUCCGAGACUGGUGCCGAACAGAUGUUACUCGACACAUACACCCUCAAAACCGGCCUCUCAUCCCUCCUCCCAACCCCCGCCCCAACCGGCUACGUCAAACGCGUAAACACCACCUUCGCCAAGAUCGAAACGCUCCUCAAAACCCUCCAAGUGCAGCCCUCACCCCCCGAGGCCCUCGUGCAAGCCUACCUAAUCCACAUCGCCGACCGCAGCAACGCCAACUUCCGCAAGAUCCUCGACAUCAAGGGCAUCCGCAGCCGCCAGGAGCAAAACCACCUCGUCGAGCUCUUCCAGAUCCACAAGGCCUCCGACCGCCACGCCCCCAACCUCACCUCCAACAACCCCAUCCUCUCCCUCCUGCAGACCUCCUCAGCCGGCUCGUCCUCCGCUACCUCCUCCACCUCCCAGGGCGGCCUAAGCCUCAGCACAGCAGCCGCCGCUUCCAUCGGCGCGUCCAACCUCCCCACUCGCUUCGACCCCUCCACCCUCGGCUCGGCCAUCAUCUCCGCCGCAAAGGACGGCGUUGACCGCUUUGGGACCCCCCUAGGCGACGCCCGCGGGAAUCCCAUCUCUGCCUCCGGUGCCUCCGGUCCGCCUUCGUCGUCGUCGACCCCUGCUCCGGCCGGCCAGGCGCAGGGCUCCUCCGCUGACGGUGGGGGCUCGUCCGGACAUUUGAACGACAACCUGAAGAAUAUUGGAAAGUUCUUCCGGAGGGAUCUAGGUGGCUUCGGCGGGAGGUUCGGACGAGGCGGGGAUGAGUGAUGUGGUGGUUUUUUUCUG